AUCCCACAAAGGGCUGCCUGGGGACAAGGUCAUUCGCUAUCCUUUGUCCUUUGUGUUUUAUAAUCCCUUCGUUUUUGCCGUCCUCGGCCAUCAUUCAACCUUCGCUUCUUCCUUCGUCGAGCAGUGCUUCCACGUUCAUUUACAGUCACCAUACUAGCCCAUAUCGUUCAUCCUACAUAUUUCCAUCGCUUCCACCAUGAAGGUUUCAAUUGCGCUUCUGGCCUCCGGGCUGGCUGCAACGCAGGUCGCUGCCACGUGGAACCGCAACGCCGGCUACUUCAACUCGCCGGACUACAACAACAACGAGUGUUCCGACCAGCAAAGGCAGGGCUUUGACUGGUCAGGACUCCAGAACGGCCAAUCCAACUUCAAUUAUGGGGACUUCAACUUUGGCGGGGGUUGGACCUGCAAGAAUAGCUUCGGACGCCGAGACAACGUCCUCAACAAGCGUUUCGGCGGCAAGGCCAUCACCAAUUCGUGCAGCAAGAGCAAGCCCGCUACCUUCAGCUGCGACAAGAGGAAGGACGGCUUCUCCGUGACCGACAUCGACGUCUCGGUGGAGUUUGACUGCGAUCUCGAGUUCCACUACACCAUGCCUGACAACAGCAUUUGCAAGCAGAUUACGCCGUGCAAGAAAGAGGGUACUACAGUAAAGAACGCCAUGUGUGGCGGUGCGAAAAGUGUAAAUGUCUACCUUGGCAGCCACAAUGAGUCUGGCAGGGACAGUUGCGAGAUUGGCUUCCACAAAAUUGGGUUCGAUUGCAACCCUGGCAAGACUUACACGCCGCCGCCGGCUUAUACGCCGCCUGCUUCGACGCCAGCGCCGUCUCAGCCCGCUUCGUCUGCCCCUACGUGUGGUCAAUAUGGUCAGCCGCCUUGCGAAAGCUCCAAUGUCGAGUCGUCCACACAACCUCCCGAGAGCUCGACGCCAGCUCCUUCGUGCGGCUCUUAUGGCGCUCCCCCAUGCGAGGCAACCUCUUCUUCCGCUGUUGAGUCUUCAACCCCACCCCCAGAGAGCUCAACUCCGGCUCCGUCCUGCGGUGGCGGCUAUGGGGUCCCACCGUGCGAUGUGCCUUCCUCCACCUCGGCCGAGUCUUCAUCCGCGGAAACACCUACACCAUCGCCGCCCUGCGGUGCCCCGUACGGGAACGGCACAGGCUGCGGCAUUCCUUCUUCGGUUCCUUCCUCUGAGGUUCCCAGCUCGACUCCUCCGGCCGGAUGCGGAAGCUAUGGCGCUCCUCCUUGCGAGACUGCUCCUGCUUCUGAGACACCAAGCCCCUCUGCGCCUGGCUCUACCCCUCCGUCAUGCGGGCAAUACGGGCAGCCUCCAUGCGAAUCCGCAAUUCCUUCUGAGACCCCAAGCCCAUCUCAGCCUGGUUAUACUCCACCGCCGGUUGAAUCGACGCCUCCCGCUUGCGGCGGUUAUGGUGCUCCUCCAUGUGAGACGCCCUCUGCUCCUGCUUCCGAGACUCCUGCGCCUUCAUCUUCCAGCCCGCCAAGCUACACACCACCUCCCGGCGGUUACACGCCUCCUGAGGUUCUGCCGAAAUGUUUGAACACGUGGCUCCAGAUCGAUACGCAAUGCUCGGACAACACCGACUCGAGCUGUUACUGCAAGAUCGCUAGCUUCACCGACCACGUUAUCCAGUGCGUUGCCGCCUACGGCUCCCAGGAAGAGGCAUCGUCAGCUCUACAGUACUUCAUCGGCAUCUGCGCCAACGACAUCCCGCAGAACCCUGGUAUCGUUACCAACUGCCCGAGUUACAUUCCUCUUAACCCGACCACGCCCGCGGCACCCGGUGCUCCUACGCCGUCUGCCCCUGCGCCAACUGGCCCGGCUCCUUCGGCGCCUGCACCGUCCGCCCCUGCCGCGGCGCCGCUCCCGAGCGACGUCCCGUGCACGACGAUCACAUAUGGCUCUACUUCCAUUACUGUUCCUCAGAUUGUCUUCACAACCCAGACGCCUGGAGCUCCUGGCGCCAACCCUACCGAGCCCAUCGCCCUCGUGCCUGGCACCACGCCUCCUCCCGCCCCGGCUCAGACCACUGGCGCUCCGUACCCUAUCCCCUCGGGCUUCAGUACCACUGUCUUUCCCACUGGCACUGGCGGCGGCGGCGUUUCAUCCGGCCUUCCUGAGUUCACGGGCGCCGCUUCGCCGCUCAAUGUCCAGGUCAAGGGCGCUCUCCUUGGAGCCGUGCUCGCUUUCUUUGCUUUGUAAAGACGAUCUCGACCUUGUAAUAUGAGAUGGUAAUUUGCGAUGUGUGCAUGUCUUCCUCGUCUCUCCUUUGCAUGGUAUUGGCGCACACGGGGAAUUAGGAUGGGACACGCCAGCGAGCUCUUUUUCUAGUUUUUAUUGGUAAUGCAUAUUUGGAUUUCCUCUUCUCUCCAGAGAACAUGGAAUAUAGAUUCUCGUUACAGUACCUUGUUAUAAAAUCUAAAGUAACAUUACCUUGUCUUGGUAAUUCCAGUAGCGUUCAAAGACGUAGAGAUGACUCAAAUUAUAAAAUACGAGGACGAAGGUAAAAAGUACAAGUGAAUACACUACUCACCCCACGCGCCAAGGGCAGUCUCGGAUCGCCGACGUCAUCCGCCUCGAGCCGCGGGCAGUCGCGUCCGGCUACCUGGGUCUCAGACGGUGAUCCUUC